AAAAAGAUAUGUCUGGAGUAAUUACACUGAGAGGAUUAAAACAGAACACAACAGCUUGUUAACGGUUACUUCUUCAAUAGUCAGUUCUCAACAUUAAUGAUAAAAGUGAAUUCAAGUUUCCACCAUCACCCACAAGCUGGAAACCGCCCGAGCAUCAUUUAAAGUGCGCAUGUUUCUUCGGCCAAUCAGCGCGUAAGGGUGCAGGAGCGUGUUUCUUUAAGAAUGUAAGGUGGGUGAGACCCUUUUACUGACGCACGGCUGGAAUGCAAACAUAAAUUUAGCAGCAACGUGUUUGUAGGGGAACUAAAUAUCAAGACGAGACCGUGAAGUGUCAUGUCGUCUGCGGCGCUUCUCGGCUGACUUUUCCCGUUUCCUUCAGUGUCUGUUUGUAAACUGGAGUCUGGAGCGCAGCGCGCAACGCAGCCUGGAGCAGCUUCCCCCCUGACUGAGAGACGGAGCGGGACACAAGGACGCACUGAGAGUCUGCAGCCACAGCUGAGUUUGUGCCACUGAGGUGAUCAGAGAUGGACGGGGGCAGUUUCUGGAAGCUUGCACUGCUGCUCCUUGUUUUUGUUUUUAAGGUUGCUGUGUGGGCCAACGACAGUGACGCAGUGUUCAUCCGAGAAUUCACCCUGAUUCGAAGAGACCACCUUCACGAAGAGCCUCUCCACGACAGCAGCCAAGGACCUGAUGACCCGAGCUCACGGACGGCACGGUCAGAAGAAGACAGAGACACACUGUGGGACGCCUGGGGAUCAUGGAGCGAAUGUUCACGUACCUGUGGUGGAGGAGCGUCAUACUCGCUUCGACGAUGCCUUAGCUCCAAGACCUGCGAAGGGCAGAAUAUCAAAUACCGCACAUGCAGUAAUGUGGACUGCCCUCCAGAUGCCGGUGAUUUCCGUGCUCAGCAGUGCUUGGCUCACGCAGACGUUCCAUACCAGGGUCUGUUCCACGAGUGGCUGCCUGUGUACAAUGACCCAGACAACCCCUGUGCUCUCAAGUGCAAAGCCAAAGGUCUGGGUCUUGUGGUGGAGCUGGCGCCUAAAGUGCUGGACGGGACUCGCUGUUACACCGAGUCCUUGGACAUGUGCAUCAGUGGAGUUUGCCAGAUUGUAGGUUGCGAUCACGAGUUGGGAAGCACGACCAAGGAGGACAACUGUGGCGUCUGCAAUGGGGACGGCUCUUCCUGCAGACUCGUGCGAGGACACUACAAGUCCCAGCAUGCUUCUGGAAAAACUGAAGAGACGGUUGUUAUCGUCCCCUACAAGAGCCGUCAUGUUCGUCUUGUUCUGAAAGGUCCGGAUCACUUGUAUCUGGAGAGUAAGACUCUUCAAGGUGCCAAAGGUGAACUGGUGUUUGAUGCAUCAGGGCAGUAUCACCUGGAGAACACCACCUUGGAUUUCCAGAAGCUUUCUGAUAAAGAGAUCCUGAGGAUCACAGGUCCACUCGGAGCUGACUUCACAGUCAAAGUACAGUUCAGCAGCGGAGCAGACAGUGUGAUCCAGUACAUCUACUACCAGCCCAUCAUUCACCGCUGGAGAGAAACUGACUUUUUCCCAUGCUCUGUGACAUGUGGUGGAGGUUACCAGCUGACCUCAGCAGAAUGCUUUGACAUACGGAGCGGCCGAGUGGUUGUGGAUCAGUACUGCCAUUUUUACCCAGAGAACGUCAAGCCUAAGCCCAAACUGCAGGAGUGCAACAUGGAACCAUGCAUGGCUGGUGAUGGCUACAAACUAUUUUUGCCGUAUGACCUUUACCACCCACUGCCUAGAUGGGAGAGCAGUCCCUGGACCGCCUGUUCCACUUCCUGUGGUGGUGGUAUUCAGAGUCGAUCUGUGUCCUGCGUGGAGGAAGACAUGCAGGGAACAAUUACAGCCACCGACGAGUGGAAGUGUCUCUAUUCCCCAAAAACAGCCAUUCUCCAGCCGUGCAACACCUUCGACUGCCCCACUUGGCUGGCACAGGAGUGGUCUCCUUGCACCGUGACUUGUGGACAGGGCCUGCGCUACAGGGUAGUUCUGUGUAUUGACCACAGGGGGCUCCACGCAGGAGGCUGCAACCCCACCACUAAACCACAUAUCAAGGAGGAGUGUCUGGUGACAGUGCCCUGCUACAAAUCUAUAGAUACACUUCCUGUUGAGGCAAAACCUGUCUGGCGUAAGCAAGCGAUUGAGCUGGAGGAGGACAUCAGAGUCACGGAGGAACCGACCUUCAUACCAGGUUCCUGGGAGCCCUGCAGCAGGACAUGUGGAGCCGGAACCCAGCAACGCACUGUCAAGUGCCAGGUGCUGUUGAGCUUUUCCCAGAGUGUAGCUGACCUGCCUGACGACGAGUGUGAGGGACUCAAACCUGCAAUGAGUCAGCCCUGUUACCUUAGUCCCUGCGCUGGUGUUUUGGGACAAGAAGAAGAAGAAAGUAGAAAUGAGAGGGAGAAAGACGAGGAAGAAGAGAGGGAGGAAGAAAGGGAGACCCCUGAAAGAGAGGAAUUGCACGACUGGGAGUACGACGGGUUCACAGAAUGCUCCAAGAGCUGUGGUGGAGGUGUGCAGGAGGCUGUGGUGAUCUGUUUGAACAAACAGACCCGGGAGGCUGUAGACCAAAACCUGUGUGUGAGCUCACGUCGACCUCCUCAACUCCUUCAGGACUGCAGGACUCAGCCCUGUCCACCCAGGUGGGAAACAGGUGAGUGGAGUUCAUGCUCUGCCACCUGCGGGGUUGGUCUCAUGUCCCGCUCUGUGGCCUGCACUCACCAGCCGUUCCGGGACAGCAACCUUACAGAAGUCAUGAGGGAUUUAGGCUGUCAUAGUCCAAAACCAAGUCCUGUCCAAGCCUGCAAUCGCUUCGAUUGCCCUCCAAUGUGGGACACAUAUGACUGGGGACAGUGUUCUCAGAGCUGUGGUGGUGGAGUUCAAAAGAGAAAGGUCCUUUGUAAACAGCGGCUGGCAGACGGCAGCGUCCUGGAGUUACCUGACAGCUUUUGUCCCUCUAAAGGUCCUGCAAACCAGCAGGCCUGUGGCCAGCAGGAGUGUCCACCUCACUGGGUCACAACAGAGUGGUCCCAGUGUUCUGUGACCUGCGGAAAUGGUAUUCAGACUCUACAGGCCGUCUGCAGGAAACUCAACGAGGAUGGAGGCUACUGGACGUUGGACCCCAAGAACUGCUCCCUUAUUCCUCGACCGACUCGAAUUCGGCCAUGUUUGUUCAGGCUCUGCGAGAACUCCAUCAAACCCGAGCCCACCAUACUGACCCAGAAAAAGGUUUACAUCCAGUGGAGGAAAGGCAGGAAAAUACAGUUGAUUGUUGGGAGCUACGGUUACCUUCUGCCCUGGACAACUGUGGUGAUUCGGUGCCCGACACGCCACUUCCGUAAGGGCCACAUUCAAUGGUUAAAGGAUGGCAAACCUGUUGUCGGCCUGCCACAACUCUCCAUUACACCACUGGGUUAUGUUAAGAUUCACCAGGUUCAUACAGCCGACGCGGGGAUUUAUACGUGCAUCGCCGGCCAGGCACGGGAACAUUUUGUUCUGAAGGUCAUUGGCAGCAAGCAAAAACUGUCAGUUCCAGAGUCUUGGCUUCUCACAGAUGGUCAACAAAAGGUGGGGCAGCCAAAUUUAUCCUCAGUGGGAGACAAAUUUCAGGCACUACCUGUCUCUCUCAACCAGUAUGACAACAUUGUUGAGCAUCUGCUUGAACUCAAAGGCUCUUUCCAGGAUGAAAAAGACAUUAGUGACAAAUUACACUCAAGUGAAAAGAACAGAUCAAUCCAGGAAGACCGGAAAGACGGCAUGGAAGUUUCCAACCCUGUGGUAAUUGUCGCUGAUACCCACAGGCUGGAUGAGAUCAUGCACAACCUCCCCGAAGGCCUUAGAGGACCACGGAGGGACCAAAUCCUCUCUCAGUUGCUCAGUGACCUCACAAUGACACACGGUGAAACAAAUGACUCUACACUUCAUCAGCCAGAAAGUGUGGAAUCUUCCACACAUGGGCCGCCAAUUCAUAAACCGAAAACUCACAUUACCAGGCCGCGGAAGCCUGUGAUCAUUUCAAGACCCAUCAGGGUUGGCAGCAUCCCAUCGUCUGAACUGAUAAUCAGCGUGGGGCUGCCGGCUCUUCUGCAGAAGACGGUUGCAAGUUUGGAGUUGAGAUGUGAGGCACUGGGAAACCCUGAGCCAUCCUUAACUUGGACAAAAAAUGGGAAAGUGUUGCUACUGAAUAACAGAAUUGGUCUGUUGCCCAGUGGCUCACUCAGGAUCAUGUCUCCAGCCAAAGAGGAUGAGGGUUUGUACACCUGCACUGCCAGGAAUCAGUUGGGAUCCUACUCCCUUUCAUCUUGGGUGCAGAUUAAAGGUAGUAAAGGAAAAAACUGUGCUCAAGGAAACGGUGUAGGAGCAAAUGACCUUAACUGCUCUGUGAAGAACAACAGUAACCAAUCAGGAGAUUUGUGCCCUGGACCAGAGUGUCGCCACAGUUCAAUAAGGUGGAGAGUUGAUCCUUGGUCACCAUGUUCAGCAACUUGUGGAGGUGGCUCUCAGACCAGGAGCGUCCGCUGCAUGAGGGGACCAGAGGGACGGUCGAGAGAGGUGGAGGGCCAGCUGUGCCACGAAACAGGAAGAAGACCCUCUGACAGCAGGCUAUGUAACCUUGUACCCUGUACCAGAUGGGCUGCAACCUCUUGGGGGCCGUGUCACGGUCAGUGCAUCGGUCCCAGUUUGGCUACACAACAUCGUCAUGUUUACUGCCAGAACUCAAAUGGAACCAAAGUCCCCAACAGAAUGUGCAGUGGACAUUACAGACCCAGUUCUCUAAAGAAUUGCUCCACGGACAACUGUGCUCUGCACUGGCGCGUUGGGCCGUGGACCCAGUGCACUGCCACCUGUGGAAGACAUGGUUUUCAGUCACGCCAGGUGACCUGUGCCCACCGGCAAACGGGCAAGGCCACACGUGAACAUCACUGCAUGUGGAGGUCUCGCCCUGCCAGUUGGCAGCGAUGUAAUAUUUUGUCCUGUGGAAGAGCAGGAGAAUGUCAAGACAGCACGAGGUACUGUGAGAAAGUCCGACAGUUGGAGCUCUGUGCACUCCCCCAGUUUCAGAGUCGCUGCUGUUAUUCCUGUCAAAACACCUGAGACGAGUAAGAGGAUAGAAGAGAUAAGGACUGUGGACAACCUGCUUAAGUCAGGGAACCUGCCUACCGAGACUUCAAAACCUCUCUAAUCCCCAUCCUAACACCAACGACUGUCUUCGAAUAAUGGUUUUGGAAAAGGAAGCUUCAUUGUGGAGGAAUGUACGGAGGGGCUGUGACUUUAAUCACCAUGUGUGGGUUUGCAUCAGAAAGGGCCUGAUGUGUCAGUUCAUGAAGGCGUCAGUUUCACUUCUUUCUUUAACCUCUGAAACUCAGCUUUAAACAGUUUUCAGUUCUUCAGCUUCAAGUGAUGAAUUUCAGUAAUUAUAUCAGGAGACAGGGCAGGGCUGCUACCAGGUCAUAUUUCAGCAUAAAUAGAAAAAGCACACCGUACACACGCAUGGUAAGGAAUUGUCAUACUGUUGGAACUGACUGACGUGGUACCUAGAAGUUCUAGGUCGCCCCUGUGUUUGUUUAAACCACUGGAGAAUUGUGUGUUUGUCCCAGCAGUGGUCUGUAAAAACAGCGUUUUAAUGCAGAAUGGGUCAACUUGUUUUAAACACAAACCCAGCAUAUUUUUUACAUGAAUGGAAAAUGGCUAAAAAUGACUAGAAGCUAUUCAUUUAUAAUGGGUAUACGUUCAGUGUUUGCCAUCUGGGAAAUAGAUCAUAAUCUUUGCUCCUAUUUCAGGUUAUUGCAGUGAUUGGUCAAGUCAUCUGAAGAAGAAUUAGGAACACAGAUGUCUUCAUGCAGUUUUGGCAGAGUAGAAAGUAGACCAUAAUAAAGAGUUACGUUGCAUGGGUUGCACUAAUGGAGGUUUGUUUGACUGAUCCAGAUCAGUAUGUGACAAUGUUGCACUAAACUCAUCAAGGUCUGUUAAAAACAUGGCUUUUUGGGUUGCUUAAAAAAAUGUUUUUUUGUUAGCUGAUGUUUAUAUAUUUUGUUUUUUAUUCUUUCAUGAAAUGACGACUGACAAACUUUGCUUUUUAACCACUUUGAGGUGUUGUCCUAGGUUUGUGUGGAGUGUGAGGAAGUUUUACCCUUACUGUUCAAAAAUAAUUAAAAUUUUAGUCGAAAACUAAACUAUUUGCAGCCUGCUUCCUAAGUGAACUCAGAAAUGCUGGGUAAAUAUGACCUCUGAGUUAUAUAGAGGGAUGUUUGAUUGAAAUCUUUUGCACUCCGGACAUUACUCAUUUGAUUUUAUUCCGCUUCAUGUUCAACACUAAUCAACCGUCACCUUUUCAUUAAGGUGUAAUUCAUUCAUUUUUAAGAGAUAAACAAUCAAAAUGUUACACAUUCUCUUAAUUUAUGUAUAUAUUUGUCUUGUUUUUCAACUUUAUUUAUUUCAUUUGUGUGUUCCCAUGCAUACUUUUGUAAAUAAAGUCAAAGGUGGGUUUUAUGUGUUUAUUUCUCAGUGGCCGAUAGAGUAUUUGAUGUGCAUGCAAUGGGGACCCUCUGCUGGUGACUUGAUGUCUUGCUCUCUGCUCAUGCCUUGAUAGCCAUUAAAUAAAAAACAAAUACAUUCCUUUUA